AUGAAGCGGAAGGCUAAGGCUCUUGAUAGCGCCCAGGGACUUUGUCCUGGAGGAACCAACAGUCAUGCCACGACUCCUGUCCCGGAGCUCAUGUCCGGAAUCUUCAAUUCGAGGACAUCUUCUCCAAGCCGACUCGUUGGCCCUAGUGCUUCCGACACAGUUGGUCUCCUGGAACCGCUGACAACACCGACGGAUAAAGUAGUGUACAGCGACCGUGCUAGCAUCCUUCUGGUUGGCUUUCCACGAGCCGGCAAACAUACUCUAUCUGUGAUUGCAUCCGUGGUGCUACGCCGUCAAUAUGUGGACUUCGGCAGGGCCUUUGAGAAGGGGAUGGGCAUGACACCAUACGACUACAUAUCCACUCAUGGAAUGCCAGCUUACCGCGAGGCCGAGACGAAAGUCACCAAGUCCCUUCUCAACACCUACAGUGAAGAUCACGUAAUUGGCGGCUUGACAGCCUAUAGUAGCAAUGCUCAAAAGCGCUUAUUAAGGGCUUUCGCGCAAACACAUCCCGUCAUCUAUGUUCAAAGAGACAAAGCCGACCUUGGCGACAUGUUCGGCUGUCAAAACAACCAGGAGCAGUUGUACAGGAUCCACGAUGCCUCUUACCGCUCUUAUUCGACCUUUGACUUCUACAACAUCACGUGGACUCUCGACAGUCCCAAUGGAAGCAAUCCGGCUGGGACGCUGAAGCUCAAGCAGACCGAGGUGGAUUUCGUCCGUUUUCUACAUCGCAUCUUUGGACGCACCCCCAAGCUCCUGCGCUCUGUCGAGGCUUUGUCUGCUUCCUAUACCUAUGUACUACAGGUACCGCUUCACUGGCUGGAUGCGCAUGUCUUGGAAUACGACAAACUCGAAUGUGGCGCAGAUAUGGUCAGUCUCGUCAUCGAUCCGGGGGACAAAGCUGCCGACCACUUUUUGGAAUUGGUUCCCAGGGCAGUGGCUACGUUGCGAAGACACGCGAGAGCUCCCAUCAUGAUCGAUGUCUCAUAUCCAGACACUCAGGACUCGGCCAAUUAUCUCAAGCUCCUUCGACUCUGCCUGCGGAGCUCUCCAGACUUCUUGACGGUGUGCUUGAGGCUAGCCCGUGAUCAGGUGAAGUCUCUCGCUUCGCUCCGAGGCUCCACUCAAAUUGUUGGAACCUAUCAUUAUGAGAGUAGCAAGCAGGCCAGGGCUGCGGACGAACUUCCAUGGACUAAAAUACAUGACCUUGCGAUGCAACUUGCUUGCCAUGCUAUUCGCAUCACCCACCAAGCGGCUUCCGCCUCGGAAAAUUUGCAGCGUCUCUACGAUGCUCAGGUCGCUCGGGAGACCUGGACGAUGCCACUGGUAGCGUACAACACAGGCGCUCUCGGCCGGACUUCCGUUUGCUUCAAUCCUGUCCUCUCACCAGUGGUUUUGCCUUCCAUGACUACAGACGGUAUCACAAUCGAUCAAGCUCAAACGGCAUUGUAUUCCAGCUUCAUCCACUCUCGAAAGAAGUUUACCAUCCUCGGGCAGAGCGUCUCGUACAGUCUUUCUCCUGCAAUGCACAACGCGGCAUAUGCUGCGUGUGGUAUGCCGCAUUCGUAUGGAUUGCUGCAGUCAGAUGAUUUGAGCAGCAUACAAGAGCUAUUGGCCGAUCCCGAAUGUGGUGGUCUCGCAAUCUCUUUGCCUUUCAAGAUGCAAGUCCUCCCCAUGCUGCACCAUAUAAACCCCGAAGCGCGGGACAUAGGUGCAGUCAACACGGUAGUCAUUGAGAGGCAGCAGAACCAGUCUGAUGACACUGAUACUAUCCUGAAAGGUUACAACACUGAUCACGUUGGCAUUCGGGAGUGUAUCGGGCGAAAGAUAUCUCCCGCCAACUUCGUUCGUGAUAGCAGCACCGCCUUGGUGAUAGGAGCUGGAGGCAUGGCCAGAGCAGCGAUAUAUGCCUGCCGCACACUGGGGAUCAGGACCAUUUGCCUCUACAAUCGAACAGCGUCGCAUGCUGAGGCGCUUGCGGACCACUACAGGCAGCAGAAUUUACAUGUUCAUGUGCUUUCCACGUUGGAGUCUCAGUGGCCUGAGCGACUACGGCAGCCUACGGUGAUCGUAUCCUGCAUCCCUGCUCACUCUAUCUCCGGACAGGCAGCUCAUGAACUGACGAUUCCGGCUGAAUGGUUGCAAAGCCGAACGGGCGGCGUCUUCGUUGAGCUGGCGUACAAGCCAUUGGUGACCCGAUUGAUGAAUCAAAUGCAGUCAAGGUCCACAGGUGGCUGGGUCGUGGUUGAUGGCCUCGACGUCCUCGUUGAGCAGGGCAUCUCACAGUUCGAGCUCCUCACGGGCAGACCUGCCCCAGUUCACGUGAUGAGGAGGGCUAUCCGACAGCAAUAUGAGCUAGUAGGUCCUGCACUACAGUAG